UUAAGUAUCGACGCGCUUUUAUCUGCGGACAACAAUCAAGUUGGUGAGGGACGGCAGACUUGGUAGGAGGGAAGGCUGUCUCGUGUGAAAUAUUCUGUCAGUAUUUGGUGCUUUACGGGGACGAUGAUGGCAGCUUCUGCCGAUGACACCUCCGAUGAUCCAGGGGACAUCACGAGAAGCGUGGGAUUAGGUUUUUCAAUGGUCAUCAAGAGCCUAAAACUGAAAUUUCCCAAAGUCUCUAACAUCACCACCAAGGAGCUCGCUGAUUGGCUGAAACCUGGAUCCGACACCGAUGUCAUUCUCAUUGACAGUCGACCGAAGGAGGAAUAUGACGUCAGUCACAUAGAAGGCAGCACCCGUGUAGACUGGGAGGCAGAUGAUGCACAGAUCGUCCAGGACAUCCCCUCCUUAAACCAGACAGGUCCAGAAUCGACAGACCGGAAGCGAGUUGUCGUCUGCUACUGUUCAGUUGGCUACAGAUCUAGCGCCACAGCCCAGAAGAUACAGGCUCUUUUUGCCAAGCAAGAGUCUCAUGCCAGUGUUCCUGUCUACAACCUGGAGGGGUCCCUGUUCAAAUGGGCCAAUGAAAGGCGGCGCAUGGUAGAUGCGGCCAAUCAGAAGACAGAACUUGCCCAUCCAUACAACAGUGUGUGGGGCAAGCUGCUUGAUAAAGAACUUAGGCAGACCUCUUCUUGAGUACUUGUUUACUUAGGUAAUUAUUUUUUCUGGUUGUGUAACUAUGGGAACAUGUCUCUGUUAUUCGCUCAGUGCCAAACACACCUACCUUCAUUAUUGCGGUUCUGUUAGUAAACCAAAGUCUAUGGAUGGUUAGUCCUGUACCAUCAUUGAUUAAAAUUGUUUAGACCCGAAAA